AUGGAUAACUUUGGCAGUGAAAUUGGCCAAAAAAUGAGAAGUGCCGUAAAGGCCAAACUCGUAGAAUUAGGCACUGGAGGCACGGCCGGCUACAUAGACGAUGAACUUCCGGACUACGUAAUGAUUAUGGUGGCAAACAAGCGUUCCAAACAACAAAUGGUGGCCGACCUUAACCUCUUCUUAGGCUCGCAAACUGAUCUGUUCGUAACUUGGCUGCAUGAGGUGCUUCAAAAGUUGCAAGAAGUCACACUGCCGGCAGUUAAUGCAACAAAAAAGCGCAAAGCCGAACCAAAACCAGACUUGGCCAGCAAAAAGGAUCGUAAGACUAGCAAGAGAGAUAGGAAGACGUCUACAUCAAAAAAAUCAGCCGAUGAGUUGCAAAGUUCCUCCGUAAAUACUACAGAUAAAUCAACAACCGCCACAAGCACAACAACAUUACCACCCAUCAAUUCAAUUACCGACGUGUUUGCUGAUGUAUUGCUCGAGAAAGCAAAGAAAACACUAAGCACAAAUGCCGAGGCUGCCGCUCACAUUAAAAAGGCCAAAGGUGGCUCCAAAGCUGAAAGUAAUGAAACCGCGGCAAAAAGAGCUACAAAUGAAAAAUCCCUCUCGGAAGCAGAUGCUGCAACCAGCAAGGAACAGCGAUGCAAUGGUGGUGGCGCGGAUGCUGCUGGUGCAAAUAACAAGAAAGGGAUAUCAAAUGCGCCAGUUAGCAGUGGUAAUCGGGAGAAAGACUUGGCUGAGUUGGCUGAAAUACAAAAAAAAAUAUAUGCAGCUAAAAAACAUUUGCGCCAGCUAGGUGAAUUGGAAGAGAACAGUGAUUAUGAUGAAGACUUCAUUAAUUUAAAAGAAGAUGGCAUGGAUGUGGAUGAGGAAAGCACGAGCCCAAAAGAAGCUGAAAAGGCUACAAAUACACAAAAUGAACCAAAUAGCAGUAAGAGAAGAAGUCCGAUUAUUUUCGAUGCAGGAGACAGGAAAACGGAAGGCCCAAAUCCUCCAGCAACAGAGCCAGCAGAAAGAUCCUUAAAUUUCACACCACCUCCUCCAGAAAAAAGCUCAACAAUGAUUAGUACUAGGGAACACCUAGUGCCCAGUAGUGGCGGACGUAGUCAACCACCACCAAAACAGUUAAGUCACGAAAGGGAACGUGAUCGCGAUCGUGAACAUAGUCGAGAAAAUGAUAAGUCAUGGGAUCGGGAGCGUGACCGCGAUAAACGAGAAGGACCGGCUGAAGCGCCUAAACGACCAGUGCAUGAACGAUUGGGCUUACGUCCACCAGCAGCUCGCGAACCUCAACCUCCAGCUCGUCGUACACGGGAAGAUAAGCAGUUGUUUGUGCCCUCAUUCCGUAGGAAAGAGAAUGAAAAUGAGCGUGAUAAAGAACGAGAUCGAGAAAGGGAGCGAGAUCGGGAUCGGGAUCGAGAUCAUCUAAAAGAAAGGGAACGCGAACGUGAGAGAGAACGUGAAAGGAUAAGAGAGAGAGAAAGACAGCGAGAGCGGGACCGCGAACGGGAACGAGAACGAGAAAAAAAUCGUAUUGCAGCGCGACCGCGUGGCAGAAGUGAAGAUAGGCGUAAAGAUCGUGAUUUGGAACGAGAACGUGAUCGCCAACGUGAUCGCGCCAGAGGCCGAAGCCGUGACCAAAUUAAUAGACGUAAAGAAAGUGAGACUAGAAUGCGGCGCUCGUUAUCGCCUAUACUACGUCGCACCACAUCUAAUAGCGACAAUCGCACACUGCCCAACAUUACGGUGUCAGCUGUAGUAAAGCCACACUAUGCCAAGAAAAAUAUUGCCGAGAAAAAUAAUGAUGGAGAUGAUGAUGAUGAUGAUGAUGAUGGAUCCUCAUCAUCCUCUGAAUCGUCAACGGAUAGCGACGAAGAAGGUAGUGACGAUGACGACGCGGCAUCCUCACAUUCGCCACAGACACACCGUCAGCGUAUUGGGUCGCGUGUUAUAGUGGCGCCAAUUAAACAAGUCGAAUCAUCCGAGGAAGAAGAGAAACCUUUGAAUUCUAUAAUAAAAAUUAAGCCUCGUGCGCCAGUGUCACCCAGCAAGCAGGCUUGCAAAACGUUGCUACUGCGUGCCGUUGCCGAAGCGCAACGUUCCACUGUUAUGAAGUCACGAAACAAGGAACCGAAGGUGGUACCAAUUGUUAAGGGUAACAUCGUGAAAGAUCCUACUGAUGAGCGUAAACUCUACACCAAAGCAUAUCGCGAGCGACUAAAACGGGGCGCCAAAGUCACCUCCACUUCGUCAACCACUUCGAAUUUAUUCAGGCGCGCAACACAAAAUCUUGUAAUCAAAGUGGAAAGCGAUAUGCCUCUGCGUAAGCGGCGGCGCGCUCAAAUGAAUGCAGUUAAUGCUGGUGACGAGGAAGGGCAUAGUGAUGGAGAGGAUGAUGAAGAAGAAGAAAUGGAGGAGAAGUAUGUGCCAGGUGCGAUAUUCCAACGCGUUGAUUCAAAACUCGAGUAUAUGUACGUACCUCAAAUGAUACGUAUCAAAAGUGAGGAACAAGAAAGUAACGAAAGUGAAGGUUCCGAUGACACCAAUGAAGAUGCCAAUGAAAACGACAAGAGCCCAGUGGAUAAGGGAUCACAAAGAAAAACCCAAUUUGUGGUUACGCUGAAUGAUGAAAAAUCUGCAUUGAAAUUCAUGAAUAGAGCUGCUUUGAAACGUGUACGUUCCGAAUCGCCAUUACAACAAGUGUCAUCUUCCUCAUCGGUUUUGCGUUCUAAACGGGCCGAGGCAUCAUCGACCACUACAACCACAAAGGCCACGCGACGACCAGUUGCGCGUGCAAACGAUACGUCGCGUCGUUCAAAUAUUAAAUCGCGUCUAUCAGCCAAAGUGGUGGCAUCGUCAACUGUACCACGCAACAGCGAUCACGAAUCAUCGAACUCCUUGCCGGGCACACCGCCACUACGACGAUCUGAUUUAAUUGAAACUUAUCGCAAGCCAAAGGAGGUUAAAAAGAUUAUCAUUAAAAAUGAUACAGACGAUGAGGAGAUGAGUCCAAAGAAAUUGUCAUCCACUAUUGUUAUUGGCAACGAUGGCCAGCAACGCAAGAGCAAAGCUGCACACAGCGAAGAGCGAAGCAAUAAAUCAACGCGCUCUGCUACGCCUCCUUCGGCAAGAAAAUCUGAGCUAAUCCCGAAGGCGAAGUCGCCGCCUAAACGUAAACAUACGCCAAGUAGUAGCCAACGGGAUAUUAGAUCACAUGAUGGAAAUUAUACCGAUGAUGACGAUGCGCCGGCGAGAAAACGACGCUCCAAAAGCGAUGAUAGCGCACAGGAACGUGAACGUGAGCAUGAGCGGGAGCGGGAGCGUGAACGUGAACGUGAACGUGAACGGGGACGAGAACGAGAACGCGAGCGUGAGCGUGAGCGUGACCGAAAUCGUGAGCAUGAGCGUGAGCACGAACGUGAUCAUGAACGUGCUGCAUCGCGUGAUUACUCGGCUGAUCGCCAUAGUGGCGAGGAGCGCCGCAAGAUCUCAACGCGCAAUAUGGAAGCGAAGAAGUAUGACAACAUACCGUCAUUGAGUUCCGUCACAUUAGACUCAGCAGCAGUGCGUGUUAUGAAAACAAAGGAACGCUGUAAAUAUCACCCGACUUGCACAAAGCAAUUUUGUGAUUAUUAUCAUCCGACGGCGCCAUGCAAGAGUUUCCCCAAUUGCAAAUAUGCAGACAAAUGUCUAUACUCGCAUCCGCACUGCAAGUACGAUCUCGCCUGCACGAAUCUUGACUGUAACUAUGCACACAGUGGGCCGCGUGAUCCGGCGCAGCUGGUGCCGCAAGCGCCGCCCUUAUCUUCCCAUGUCGUGCCUGUGCAGAAUUACAAAUCGAUUUCAGCCACAGCUGCCGCCAACACCAUGUGCAAAUACUAUCCUACAUGCACCAAGGUGGGCUGCACCUUCUAUCAUCCCAAAGCAUGUCGCUUUGGCAAAAACUGCAUUAAUAAAUUGGAGUGCAGCUUCUAUCAUCAUGAAGUACAGAGCAGCAACAAAUUUAAAUGGGUCGCAUCGGUUGUUUAAAACCAACCCAUUGCUGGGUUCUAUAUUCGCUUCUAACGUACAGAUUUAGUAAAUAUAUUUAAAUUUUGGAUGUGAAUGUCAUUGCUACAAUGCAAAUUUAUUUAUAUUUACAACUAAAAUUAUAAAAAUUAUUGCCACGUAGUCAUGCUUUACGUAAAUACAAAUGAAAAAGGGGAACAAAAACAAAAAUAUAAAAAUUUUUAAAUAAAUAAACAAAAUAAAAAUUCUCGCAUAAUAAUAAAUCAACAGCAUACAUACAUAUAUUGUAAACUAUAUAUAACUAUACAAAAUGAUAUCGAAAUAGUGUUUGCAGUGAUUUCUUGAAAAAUACAUAGAAUAGUAACCGUUUUUUGAAUUUUACGGCUUAUCAAGUAAUUAUAAAUGCAAACAAAAAAUGUAAUAAAGUUAUAAAUCAGA